AUGCCCUCCUGCUUCCUCCAUCCACGCUGCAUGCUCCUGGCAGCUUUGGCAUUCUCGUGUGUCUGGGUCAUCUUUGGUCCCUCGGAGCUAAGGAAGGAAUUCUCCCUCGCUCCCCCAAUGCCAGCCCCAGCUGCACCUGCGCCCCCACUCUCCUUGCCCCACUUUCUGAUCCCUAAUGUAGGGGUUUGCAGAGGUUCUGGUUCCCAGCUUUUCCUUCUGAUCCUCGUGAGCACUGCCCCUGAGCAUCAGGAGCAGAGAGACGCUAUUCGAGCCUCUUGGGGAGCUCUGCGGGAGAUUCAGGGUCACUUGGUCCGCACACUCUUCAUACUGGGGGAACCGGAUUAUAGUCGGAAAAAUAUUGAAGACAUAUUGAAAUGGGAAGCCCAGGUGGAGGGGGAUAUCGUGCAGGCUGCUUUCAUGGACUCAUAUCGAAACCUUACCUUGAAAACCUUAAGUGGGCUGGCAUGGGCAGCCAGGUACUGCCCCAACGUCCAUUAUGUCCUCAAGACUGAUGAUGAUGUCUACAUCAACGUCCCUGGGCUUGUGGCUGAACUUGACCAACGAGGGAAGGACCUGAAACAGGAUCUGCAACAGAGAUAUCCUGACCGAGGUGGGAUUGUUCAAGGGGAUGGGAAGGCCAAAACUGGAGAGAGAGAAUUAGAGGAUGCCCGUAGCCUGUACCCUCCUGUACCCCACUUGUACCUCGGCCACGUCCACUGGAGUGUUUACCCCUCCCGCUUGAAGGGGAGCCGGCAUCAGGUAUCAGAGGUGGAGUGGCCUUCUGCCCGGGGUCCCUUCCCCCCUUAUGGUUCAGGUACUGGCUACGUGUUAUCAGCCCCGGUCCUGCGGCUGAUUCUUAGGGCAGCUAGUGGCGUGCCUCUGAUACCAGUAGAGGACGUUUUUGUUGGGGUGAUUGCCAAGAGGGUAGGGGUUGCCCCCACCCACAGCUCACGGAUAGCGGGUGCUGCCCGCUACCCCAUUGACCGCUGCUGCUUUGGGAGGAUCUUACUAAGUUCUCACCACAUGCAGCCCUGGGAAAUGAAGAGUGCCUGGGAACUUGUGAGGGGUUCCUCAGGGAAUGGGGACGUGCCACUCUGCUCCUGGCUUCAGGAAACUCUAGGAAUACUGAGAUGUUGGGUGCUGAACUGGUGGUAUUUUUGAUGACACCUGAGGCCUCAGGAGAGAAGAGUUGAGGCUGGAGAUGUGUCCACUGGGGCCACAGUGGAGUUUGGAUACUUGGGAUGCCGUUGCCCUAGGAUUUUUAUCCCUCCUCGCCAACAAUCCCAACUUGUCACGAAGCAGUGAAGUCUCCCCCAAGCUCAUGGACUCAGUGGCCUGAUCCUGUAGUCUCACUCCACAUUCUUAAGAGCUGGGAAGUAUCGGAAGAGAACUCAGAUCAAAGACAUCUGGAUGUGGGGAAGGCUAGGUGGGCUCUGAUCAACAGGGGAGAAAAGAAAAGCCUUCCUCCCCGUCCUGAGAUGGUCAGAGGGGACAGAGUUGAGACUGUCCCCCAAGGUGCAGUAUGUUUGUUUAGGGGC